GGUAUUGUGCAACCGUUGCCGGUUUCGCCACCUUUUCCAUCAGAAUGCUUUUCUCAUACCGUGUUGGUAGCCGUGCCAACUUUAUUUCUCUUUGUUCUUCUCCCAGUGCUAUAUGUACAGAUCAAAACUUCUCGCGCUAAACCACUUCCAUGGACCACACUGCAGAGCAUGAAAUGGAUAUUAGUGUUGAUGUUGAUGAACAGCUCACGUAGAGCAGGUCUUUCGAAUCCGGGAGCCAUCUUCUGCAUCUGGCUAGUAUUCCUGAUAUGUGGUGCCCCGGAAUUCUACGCCUGGAUUACCAUAGGUAGCGAUCCAAGUCAUUUUGAGUACACGGAUACGCAUCCAGAAACGUCUGCCUCGUUUCCCAACCGGCAACUGCUUUGCUGGUUCGGACCACUGGUGUCCAAGGCCUACAGAAAGCCUCUUGAAAUCAAUGAUUUGUUCGAAUUGGACGACGGUCUCAAAUCGGACACUCUCAUGGAGCAGUGGGAAGGGGAGUGGAGGAAAUCAAUGAAAGAUUACGAGAAACGGAAACAAGCGCAGGCUUUGUCAUCCAGCGAGAACAGCUACACAGAAAAAUCUCCUCUAUUACUCGGCAAUGGCAAGAAUUAUGGGACACAAAAGGAGACAAAUUAUCUGGAUGACAGAGUUGAACUACCUUCGAUUGUCGGUGUUAUGUGGAGAUUGUUCAAGUGGGAACUGAUUGGUGGAAGUGCUAUUAAAUUUCUCUCCGAUGUUAUCCAGUUCGCUAAUCCUGCUUUCCUC